CGAGCUCUGGUGGAGGAGUGUGGUCGCACCGCCCGUCAGGUCAGCAUGUCCUCGUUGGGGCUCUCUAGGCUGCUGAGGCUGCUGGCUCUGCCGCUCGUGGCCUGGGCCCACUGCCCAUGCUCGGAGCCCGCGCUCUGCCGCCCGAUCCGCCACCGCCCCGACUUCGAGGUCUUUGUAUUUGAUGUUGGACAGAAAACCUGGAAAUCUUAUGAUUGGUCACAGAUUACAACUGUGGCAGCUUUUGGAAAAUAUGACUCAGAACUGAUGUGCUAUGCUCAUUCAAAAGGAGCCAGAGUAGUGCUAAAAGGAGAUGUAUCCCUAAAGGAUAUUGUUGAUCCCACUUUCAGAGCAUCCUGGAUAACUCAAAAAGUUAAUUUGGCUAAAACUCAGUAUAUGGAUGGAAUUAAUCUAGACAUAGAACAAGAAGUUAAUUGUUCAUCACCCGAAUAUGAUGCAUUAACAGCUUUAGUCAAAGAAACCACAGACUCUUUCCAUCGUGAAAUUGAGGGAUCCCAGGUAACCUUUGAUGUAGCUUGGUCUCCAAAAAACAUAGACAGAAGAUGUUAUAAUUAUACUGGAAUUGCAGACGCUUGUGACUUUCUCUUUGUGAUGUCUUAUGAUGAACAGAGUCAGAUCUGGUCAGAAUGUGUUGCAGCAGCCAAUGCGCCCUACAAUCAGACAUUAACUGGAUAUAAUGAGUACAUCAAGAUGGGCAUUAAUCCUAAGAAACUUGUAAUGGGUGUUCCCUGGUACGGUUAUGAUUAUACCUGCCUGAAUCUCUCUGAGGAGCACAUUUGUACCAUUGCAAAAGUCCCUUUCCGAGGGGCUCCUUGUAGUGAUGCUGCAGGACAUCAGGUGCCCUAUAAAACCAUCAUGAAGCAAAUAAACAGUUCUGUUUCUGGAGGUCAAUGGAAUACAGAUCAGCAGGCUCCUUAUUAUAACUAUAAAGAUCCUUCUGGCCAUUUUCAUCAAGUAUGGUAUGAUAAUCCUCAGAGCAUUUCUUUAAAGGCAGAAUAUGUCCAAAACCAUGGCUUACGGGGAAUUGGCAUGUGGAAUGCAAACUCUCUUGACUACUCAAAAGAUACUGUCGCCAAACAGCAAACUGAAGACAUGUGGAAAGUCUUAAAGCCAACGCUAUGACAGAGACGAACAUCUUUUGUCUAUUAAGAUUUAGAAAAAUGUUCUGUAUAAAAAGACCUAAUUUCUUAAAGAGAAAAAAUGUAUAAACUUUUGCCAUAUUGCUAUAAUUUUAGUUAUUAGUGUACUCAAAAAAAUAAAUGAAAAAUAAGAACUACUUUGAGUUCAGAAACUCUACAUUUUAAGUAUACAGGAAAAUAUGGUAAGAAAUAACAUCAACUUACUAUAUAAAUAUUCUUCUAUGUUCUAACAUAAUAUAAUUAAGAACACUUUCUAAAAUUGCUUUGCUAAACGCUUCCCCUGAUAUCAGACAUACUCUUAAAAAUGUGUGCACACAAAAAUGUGUGCCUGGGAAUGUUAUGGAAAUGGAGGGGUGAAUCUGUUAAAAGGUAUAUUUGAAUAAAUAUGUCAUAAUGAUACUCACCUUUGUCCAAUUAAUCUAUACUAAUACGAAGAAUGAAAAUGUAUAAUUUGAAGUGGAAAUUAAGAAGCAGUUUGCUUUGUGGGUUUUUUUCCCCAAUAAAUCUUAUAUUUAAAACCUAGAAUUUUGUCUUUACAUCAUCAAACUGGUGAAAAUAAAGUUUGGCUUGCUGAC